AUGGUCCGCUCCACUCAAAUCGUACGCGUAUACGAUUCGCUGCCACUCGCCCAGAGUGUGGACGAUGAACAAGAAGGCCCGGGAUUGACGCCGUAUAAGCAACAGGCUAAGACAAUUUUUCGGAAGCUCACGCCCAAUUCGGAAUCGCGUGGCACAAUCGAGAGCGGCCCGAUGGCACUGCAGUAUGUCUAUAAGAUUGGAUCACUUACACAUAGCUACAUGGUGCAUCCCCCUGUGGGCGGAAGCAACUCUGUGGCAUUCCUGACGAUCGCGGAUCGCUCAUACCCGCGCAAGCUGGCAUUCCUGUACCUGGAUGAGCUGGCGAAAGAGUUCGAAACAAACUAUGGUCAUCAGGUCGGUCAACGCAAUUUGCGGCCAUACGCAUUUGUCGGAUUUGGUACGUAUGCAUUUUUGCGUGCUCACGCUCAAGACACAUUUAUGCAGCGCACCAAGCGCCUCUAUGCGGACUCGCGCACGGCCGAGUCCGCGGCUGGGAGCAACCUGGACCGCCUCAAUGAGGACUUGCAUGAUGUACAAAAAAUUAUGACGAAAAAUAUGGAGGAUUUACUGUGGCGUGGGGAUAGUCUGGACCAAAUGUCUAAUAUGUCUUCGUCUCUGCGCGACGAAUCGCUCAAAUACCGCCGCGCCGCUCGCAAGAUUAAUUUUGAGGCCAUGCUACGUCAAUAUGCGCCCAUCGCUGCGAUUGCCAUCCUGUUCCUCUUAAUUGUUGUUCUAAACGCGGAGAGCGAGUUUGGCAGGAUCCAAAAUGACACGCACGAUCAGUUCCCUGUUGGAUUCGGUGGAUCCGCAUUCAAGUUUUCCGGCACAAAAGAAGAAGUCGACCCCGAGACGGGGCUGCCAUUAUGGAGCGCGACGCGCUUGGCAACGUUGCAAGCGAAAUUGAACCAGCGACUCGGCCCGGAAUACUUGAGUCAGCGUCCAGGUCCAGGCGGUGGCCCAAAACUGACGUAUAUUGAGGGAUGGAAAGCUAUGGAUCUUGCAAACGAAGUAUUUGGAUUCAACGGUUGGUCGACCAGCAUCCAGAGCCUGGUUGUGGAUUAUCGCUUACACCAGCUUGAUACACACGUGGAGACAGGAAAGUGCAAUUGCGGAGUGAGUGCCGUAGUGCGCAUUACACUGCGCGACGGUACAUACCAUGAGGAUGUCGGCAACUGCUUGUACGACCGCCAAUACGCGCGCGAUGUGCUCAAAGUACCUGCGUCUGUUGCAGCAUUUAACGCGUCUGAUUUGCAUCGCAGCGGUGAUCAUGCACACAAGCCGCAGAUCCAACAGCAUGCGCAGUUUGACGCGGUCGGCGCCAAGCGUCCUGGCGAGGCGCAUUCCAAGCAACAGGUGGAUGAACGCGCGCGACAAGCGCGGCUUCGGCAAGCGGACGCGGCAAGAGCCGCGCAUCGACGUCAGGAUGCACCACACGGUGCAGCAACGGCGCUCGACACACCACCCAAAAAAUUCGAUCCACUUGCGAAGCCGGAGCCUGUUUUGGACGACAGCACACCUUGUGACGAUGACACAAAUGCAGAAGCGCACACUAUGGCGCUUGAGCUCGAGCUCGAGGACGACAUGCUAUUAAGGCAGUCGCAACUGGCACAAGAGCUUGAAAGUGAGUAG